GUGUAUGUAUCUGGAUGUACAAUAUAUAUAAUAAAACUGGAGCUCGAGGAAUUGAAGAUGGCGACGUAUUUAAAAAGAACGUCAAAAUUGUACGAUCUAACAGUGACACACGCAGCAUCAGCAGAUAAUAAUAUUAACUUCAGUGAUUUACUGUGUCCAGUGUGUCGAGGCAUAUUAAUAGAACCCGUGACGCUGCCCUGCGACCAUAACCUAUGUCUGAGGUGUCUCAAAGGUGCCUUGAAGCACAACAGUCUCAGUUGUCCUAUGUGCAGAGUCAGAGUGGGCUCAUGGCUCAGAACCGCAACCAAGAGUGAAACUCUUGUCAACAACAACCUCUGGGAGUUCAUCAGGUCCAAUUACCCCAAGGAGAUCCAGGACAAAACCAAUGUUAUCAUCAAUGAUGUUCCCCACAUCAACAAUCAACCUGAUUACACUCAAAAUUUACUAAGCAGCGGUGGAGAAAUCCACUGUGGAUACGAGCUGCAGCUGAAGCUAGCUGAACAAGAGAUGUUGCGCCAACGAGAAUCCGAGAGACUGGUAAAUGAACAAUAUUUGCGUAAAUUACAUGAGCCAGAGCAGGAUGAUAAGCAGAAGCUCACGCAAUACGCGCAGGAUCGUUUGUUAGCACGCACGCUUGCCAAAACGCAGUUACUUGACAAAGAAAAAACAAUAAAGUACUACAAUGAGUGCUUAAAAAACACGACACACCAGCCCAACAAGUACCUGGUGCCCCAGUCCGGCGAUUGUCUGCAAAACGAGCUGUUGCAGUUCAACAACAAUAACAAUAACAAUAACAAGCAAUUGCUGCUUCCAGCAUCGGACCCUCUGCAAUUGAACAGCCACCUCUUCAAUUUGAGCAGUAUAAAUAUAAAAACUGGCCCUGGAAAUUUACUCUCGAGGAACAUCGACAAUGACAUCCGGAUGUCCAGCAACAUAAAUCUGAUGGCGACGAAGCUGCAGCCGAUUGACACCAGACAGAGUUUCUCCAGCUGUCUCAGCAAGCCUUCUUCAAUAGUCAGGACUAAAGACUGCUGUCAGCUGACGCCCUCGUCUUCGCUCUCGUCGACGCUGUUGAUUCCGAAUAUUCUCACUCUGAAGCAGCAGACGAUGCCUAAAAUGAACGCCUACAUCACUACCGAGCCCGGGUGCUCCAAUUCAACCUUGAAUUUAAAUUUAAACUCCAAUUCUAAAAUCUAUGGCGAUCAAAAUGAAGAGGAGCUCCGCGUACCGGCAGAUUUACUCAGCAACAAUAAGAAGAAUUUAGCUAUGGAGAUUUGCGUGAUGACCACUGGGAUUGUCGAUGAUAAGCAGCAAAGAGUUAGCGCUCAAAGUGCUGGUAGUCACGACAGCAUUAACCCAGAGAUUCACCAUUUUAAGCCGAUUAAAAUCUUACCCAGAACGCCUUUGAAGCUGAUGCCAGAUGGGAGGCAAAUAGAUCCUAAAAUUGUCAGGGUUGUUCCUGUUCUUAAGAGAAUUGGCAAUCCGAUAUUCAGAGCACCUUCUGUUGGGCAUUUUAGACGGAUCGGUCGAAUAAGACAAGAAGCUCGUAUAAUAAACACAUCACCAACGUGGAAAUCUCCCCGGAAUUCCGCGGAAUUAAAUCAAAACCAAUCAAAAAUACAAUCACUGUCCCAAGCGUCCACCGAAUCGAAUUCUCCAAAACAGAAUCUUCCAACGGAAACUACCGAGGUGAAUAAAAAUAAUCAUCUUAUUAAUGGUACAACAGCAGCUAUAACAUCACCACCGACUUUAACUUCAACUUCCACAAAGUCAGCAAAGACAAAAUCAAAAUCCUCCAAAAAUGGUGCUUUGAAACGCAAUAAAAAUAAACCAGACUUAUUGCCUGAUGAUAAGCCAGCUCCUCUAGAGGAUUCUCAGCAGAAAGCUAAUGAAGUUCCUAUUACUGAUGAUAACGAAUCGCAGGCGAUGGAGAAUAUCGCCGAGAGAAUAAAGCGCAGGAAAGUUAACCAGGAGCCGAAGACUACCUACAAAAUUGAAGAUGACGACGGUGAAGAUUGCAAUGGCGGCAAGAUCAAGAGCAGGACACGGAAAUCAUCGCGUAAAGUAGAGACUGGCAAACCAGAGACGGAAGACACGGAUAAAAAAAUUAAGACACCGAAAAAAGUCACGCGAAAGCGGGGAGAACGUUUGAAGGUGCUGAAAUUUGAAGAUUCGCCUGACCUGGAGGAUAAAUCGCUGGAUUCCGAAAAAUUAACGCGUAAGCGUACAACGAGAAGUUCUGCUAGAAAAUGUAAAAAUAAAUUAUUAAGUUACAAUGGUGAUGAUAUUGAUAUUGAUAUUGAUAUUGAUAAUGAUAAUGAUAAUGAUAAUAAUAAUAAAGUUAAUGGCGUACAUGGUGAUGAUAAUGAUGAUGAACGUGUGAUAGUAGAAGAAGAAAACAUAGAGAGGUUAUCGCAGCAAGAAAAACAAGACUACGAAUUAGCCCGAAGAUUACAGGCUGAAUUUAAUGAAAUGGAACUGGGCAUCUCCAGGAGAACGAGGGGCUCCAAGCGGACGCCGAAAUCCUCCGAUGAUUCAAUUCCUCUGAGCGCGAGAGCCCUCGAGAUCAGGAAGAAAAAACGCGGUAAUGUUAAUGUUAAUGGAAAAUUAAUAGCUAACGCUACUAAUGCUAAACCAAUAACACCAGCAAUUAAAUCUCGGCGUAAACGUGAUUAG